ACAUUUCACCCUUUUUUUGAGUUUAUAUAUGUAAACCCACAAGAAUCAAUUCAAUCACUAGUCAUUUUUUAUAAGAGUUUUUUUUUUCUUACAAAGAUUGAAACUUUGGUUCAUAAAUUUUAAUGGGUUCUUGUUUAAGUGUUCGAAUUAAAGCAGAAAGUCCUCUUCAUCAUGGAGCAAGUGAUGGAAGAGAGUUGAGUAGUAGGCAUUCAUAUUCAUCGGCUCCAUUGACUCCUCGUAGUCAGAGUGAAAUUCUGGAAUUGUCGAAUCUGAAUAGCUUUAGUUUCAAUGAACUCCGAGUAGCCACGAGGAACUUCCGUCCAGAUAGUGUGUUGGGAGAAGGUGGUUUUGGUUGUGUAUUUAAGGGUUGGAUAGACGAGAAUACGUUUAAAGCUGCAAGGCCAGGGACUGGAUUGGUUAUAGCUGUAAAGAGAUUGAACCAAGAAGGCUUUCAAGGUCACAAGGAAUGGCUGGCGGAAAUCACUUACCUGAGCCAGCUAUCUCAUCCUAAUCUCGUGAAGUUGAUCGGAUAUUGCUUAGAAGAUGAACACAGGCUUCUGGUGUACGAAUUCAUGCCGAGAGGAAGUUUGGAAAAUCAUCUAUUCAGAAGGAGUACUUAUUUCCAACCACUAUCAUGGAAUCUCCGGAUGAAGGUUGCUCUCGAGGCAGCCAAGGGACUGACUUAUCUCCACAGCCCAGAAGCUAAAGUUAUAUAUCGGGAUUUCAAAUCAUCUAACAUUUUGCUUGAUGCUAAUUACAAUGCAAAGCUUUCUGAUUUUGGAUUGGCAAAGGAUGGGCCAAUCGAUGGUAAAAGCCAUGUAUCUACUAGAGUAAUGGGUACCUUUGGUUAUGCUGCUCCCGAGUAUAUGGCCACAGGUCAUAUAACCGCUAGAAGUGAUGUAUACAGUUUCGGGGUUGUUCUUCUAGAAAUGCUGACAGGUCGUCGAGUGAUGGACAAAAACCGCCCCCAUGGGGAACAUAAUCUGAUCGAAUGGGCUAAGCCUUUCCUUACUAGUAAACGUAAAGUCCUCCGUAUUAUGGAUCACCGUAUAGAAGGUCAGUACUCAGUGGAAGGAGCACUGAAAGCAGCACUUCUUGCAGUCAAAUGCCUGGCAUUAGAACCCAAAUUCAGGCCCAAAAUGCCCGAGGUCGUAAAGGCAUUGGAGCAACUUCAGAACUUAAACGAAUCAGGAAGUCUCAAACGCGAAACUACACAAAGGAAGCAUCACAGAACCUCUACCGAUGAAGCUUCAGGAAGAAAAACUACGUCUUAUCCGAGGCCAGCUGCUUCUCCCCUUGUUACAUGAAUGGAGAAUGAAUGACAACAUCUUUAACCAUAUACACACUACCUGAACCGAUAGGAAACGAUGAGACGACUUACUUGGUGAACAUAUAUCUAUAUCUGUUGAUAGAGCACGAAGAGUAAUUGAUCAAAUUCGCGGACAUUUCUAUGAGAAGAAAUGCUUAUGAUACUAGACUGAAUCUUGGAAUCUAGGAAACUAUGUUGUAAAUUUGUAUCAAUUAUCUUAGCAAUCUACAGUUCUUAUUUUGAUCUAGCUGGAAAUUUAGCAUUGAUGUUUUCCUCACACAUCCAUGCUAAAUUGACUGUUGUUGAUCAUCUUUUGAGAGCCAAAGAUGUGAAGAAAAGGACUUUUUAACAUUUUUGUACUGCUUUUUGAGAAUCUUAUACAUGUCUGUGUUAGAAUUUAAAUGGA